GUAAACCCUCACUCGGAUUCUUGACGGAUAAUUCUAUACGAUAUGUCUCGAUAUCCGGAUUACUUGUCACCAAAUCCCACUCCAACGAAACUAUCCAAGGCCCAGAAAUCGCGAGCGCGACGCGAGCCAUCUGGCGUAUUCUCGCUCUUCCAGGCCUCACAGAUCCAACAGUUCAAAGAGGCGUUCCAGCUCAUUGACCACGACAAGGAUGGUUGGGUUAAUGAGAACGACUUGCGACAGAUCUUUGCGAGCCUCGGCAUUACGCCAUCGCAGAGGAUGAUGGACGAGCUAUUGAAUGCGCGCCCAGGAACGCACAGCAGAACAUCGUCUGUGGGAUACGACGACAGUACUGGGGACCGGGGGAUUAACUUUACGAUGUUCCUCACGAUGAUGAGUGAACGAUUGUUCGAGUUUGACACAGAGGCUGAGCUGAUCGAGGCUUUCGAAUCGUUUGACGAGAACGACACUGGGAUGGUCAAGGUGGAGGAAAUGCGGAAAUGGCUCAGUGAGGUUGGGGAGCGCAUGGAUAUGCAGGAGAUUGACAAGUUCCUGAAGGGACCCUUUACUGACCGCCAGGGUAACUUUAACUACCGCGACUGGGUCAAAGUCUUACGCAUAAAUGAUGAGGACGAGGAAAACACCAACCUCUAGCUAAUAACUAUUAUUUAGCAAGAUUAUUUUCGCCCCAAAGCCCUUGUGAUCGUAGAGGGGCCUGCCAAGCCCAAGGCCCAAGGGCCCAACCCAAUUCAACAUUCCAAGAGUUUCCAAAUUGGGAACUGCAUCCCCC